UUACAGGGGGAUGCUGAUACGAAUAAGGGCGGCCAUAUUGGUCGCCAUCUUAGUAGCAGUUAGGAACGUUUUAGCACAAAAUAAUAGUAGUAGUUUAUUCACAUGUCCCUCAGGCUGGGAACUACGAGGACUGAAUUGUUAUAAGUUUUUUAACAUAAGGCAUUCAUGGGAAAAGGCAGCCGAACUUUGUCGAAGGUAUGGCAGUGACUUGAUGGCAAUAGAAUCCUACAGCGAAAACAACUACACGGCGGCCAUUGCCCUGACGUCAGUGCCACCUGAACGUCGAAGCUUGAACCACUAUUGGUUGGGCCUCGCCUCACUAGAUGAUCUCAGAACCAACACACUCGAAUCGGCUGCUGGUACUCUCGUCUCGCAGUACUCAGGUUUCUGGUCACUAAAACAACCGAACCCCGAAUCCGGCGAAUGCGUGGACGUGAUCGUUACAGAAGACAGCCAAUCAUGGCAACUUACGACCUGCGAAAGCCUUCAACCCUUUAUGUGCAGAUCAAAAGCCUGCCCUGCGGGAUCCUUCCAUUGCUCUAAUGGAAACUGCAUCAACGAGAAGUUCCGGUGCGACAAACAAGACGACUGCGGAGAUGGAUCCGACGAGAUUGACUGUGUUUCCAACUGCAACUUUUAUCUGGCCAGCAGUGGAGAUGUGGUGGAAAGUCCGUACUACCCGCACAAGUAUGCGCCUUUGACCAACUGCAAAUGGACUCUGGAGGGACCGCAGGGGCAUAACAUCCUCCUCCAGUUCCAGGAGUUCGAGACUGAGAAGACCUUUGAUACGGUACAAAUCCUAGCCGGAGGCCGAACGGAAGACACGUCUGUUAACCUAGCAACACUCUCAGGAAAACAAGACUUGACGAACAGAUCGUUUGUAUCAGCUUCGAACUUCAUGAUCAUUAAAUUCAGCACCGACGCGUCAGUGGAAAGAAAAGGUUUCAGAGCCUCGUGGAAGACUGAACCUCAAAAUUGCGGGGGCACUUUAAGAGCAACUCCUCAACCGCAAGUCUUGACUUCUCCUGGAUACCCUGAACAAUAUCCUGGAGGGCUUGAAUGCCUGUACAUAAUCCAUGCUCAAGGAGGGAAGAUCAUAACAUUGGAGGUGGAUGAUUUAGACUUGGAUGAUAACAGAGAUUUUAUUUUGGUAAGAGACGGAGAUUCGCCAAGGAGCAAGCCAAUUGCAAGGCUUACGGGGAAAUGGGAGAAUAGCCAGAAGGUCAUCAUGUCAACGCAUAAUCAACUGUACAUCUACUUCAAGACUAACAUUGGUGAUUCGAAGAGAGGAUUUAGGAUAAGAUACACUCAAGGUUGUAGAGCAGGCAUUGUGGCAAGCAACGGUACCAUCAUGUCACCCGCUUUCGGCUUGGAGAAGUACCCAAGCAACCAAGAAUGUCUGUACAAGAUCAGGAAUCCUGGGGGACGCCCUUUGUCUUUGAACUUCGGCCAUUUUGACGUCGACAAGACCGAUUUCGUACAAGUGUACGAUGGUGCGACCACAAGUGGCUUGAGACUCCAUUCUGGAAAUGGUUUCACGGCUAACUCUAGACCAAAGAUUACUUUGACGGCUUCAAGCGGUGAAAUGCUCGUACGGUUCGUUACCGAUGCUUUACAUAACAGUAGAGGAUGGGAAGCUACGUUUUCAGCAGAUUGUCCUCCACUGAAACCUGGAAUCGGAGCCCUGGCAUCAAGCAGAGACACAGCUUUCGGUACCGUGAUCACCUUCAGCUGUCCAAUAGGCCAAGAAUUCGCAACUGGUCGCAAUCGCAUCACCACACAAUGCUUACCUGGAGGAAACUGGUCUAUCAGUUACAUACCAAACUGCCAGGAAGUCUACUGCGGGCCUGUGCCACAAAUCGAUAACGGUUUUUCGAUUGGGUCGACUAAUGUGACUUACAGGGGUCAAGCCAUGUACCAGUGUUAUGCAGGUUUCGCCUUUCCUACUGGUCAGCCGAUUGAGAAGAUUUCGUGCUUGUCAGAUGGACAUUGGGAGAAGAAACCAACAUGUCUUGCGUCUCAAUGUGCCGCUCUUCCUGACGUACCUCACGCCAACGUCACCAUCUUGAACGGCCUUGGUCGCUCUUACGGUACGAUCGUCAGAUACGAAUGCGAACCAGGCUACAUCAGAAGUGGACCUCCAGUGAUACUUUGUAUGAGCAAUGGUACUUGGUCUGGAGAUGUUCCCAUAUGCUCAAGAGCCAAAUGUCCCGAAUUCCCCGAGAUCAAAAACGGCUUCAUAAUCGACACUUCCCGCGACUAUUAUUUCAACGACGAGGCGCGAGUCCAGUGCCACAAAGGCUUCAAGCUGAUCGGAAACAGCGUGCUAAGGUGCGGCGGGAACCAGAAAUUCAACAACCCUCCACGAUGCGAAGACAUCAACGAAUGUCUGGCGAGUCAAUGUGACGCUGCGUCCACUGAGUGCGUCAACGUACCAGGCUCGUUUUACUGCAAGUGCCGCAAAGGAUUCGACGCCCAGCAGGAGUGCAGACCUGUUGGGGACUUGGGGCUGGUCAACGGGGGUAUUCCUGAUGAUUCUAUUACGGUAUCUAGCAGCGAACCUGGAUACGAUAAGUCGAUGGUGAGACUGAGCAACAGCGUUGGAUGGUGUGGCAACACCAUCGAAGGUGGAUCUAACUGGGUACAAAUUGAUCUAAAAGCACCUACAAUCAUCAGGGGAUUCAGAACGAUGGCUGUCGCAAGAACAGAUGGCAACAUCGCAUUUACCUCUGCAGUCAGAAUCCAAUACACCGACGACUUGACAGACGUCUUUAAAGAUUACAGGAACCCAGACGGUCUGGCAGUAGAAUUCACCAUCGAAAAACCCACGCUGUCCAUCUUGAACUUACCCGUUCCCAUCGAAGCUCAAUACGUCAAAUUCAAGAUCCAGGACUACGUUGGAGCACCUUGUCUUAAGCUGGAAGUCAUGGGUUGUACAAGACUGGAAUGCUCGGACAUCAACGAGUGUGCUGACAACAACGGCGGAUGUCAACAGAAAUGCAUUAACAGUGCAGGCGAAUAUUCCUGUGGGUGCAAUGUUGGUUACGAACUAUACACGACGAAUGGUACUGCGUCCUACUACAUCGAGGAGUCAGAGACUGGGCUGCGUAACGGAGAUGUUUACCAGGUCAACAAAUCUUGUGUGCCUAUCAUGUGCCCAUCGCUCAACAGUCCAGAGAACGGAAUCAUUUUAUCUACGAAAGAUAAGUACCACUUUGGUGAACUAGUGAGAUUCCAGUGUGACUUUGGAUACAUUAUGACAGGAUCGUCGUCUUUGCUUUGUACUUCGACUGGUGUGUGGAAUGGAUCGGUGCCUGAAUGCAAAUAUGCCCAGUGUGUUUCUCUACCUGACGACAAAAAUGAAGGCCUUAAAGUUUUGAGGAAUGACGAAGAUAGCGUACUGGUACCGUUCAGGGAUAAUGUAACACUUCAUUGUAGUAGUACUGGAAGACAACUGAGAAGCACAGCCACUUCAGGAUUUAGACAGUGCGUGUACGACCCAAAACCGGGCCUACCAGACUACUGGCUCAGUGGAAUGAUGCCAUCCUGCCCCAGAGUAGACUGCGGCAUUCCCCCACCAACUCCCGGCGCUGAAUACGGCCAAUACGUAGACACGAAGUACCAAUCAUCAUUCUUCUUCGGCUGCCAGAACACGUUCAAACUGGCUGGUCAGAGCAGCAAGCAUGACAAUGUAGUCAGAUGCCAAGCGAACGGAGUGUGGGACUUCGGGGAUUUGAGAUGUGAAGGACCCGUAUGCGAGGACCCGGGAAGACCCAGCGACGGUAUCCAGAUAUCCAGGAGCUACGAACAGGGAGCCGAGGUGUCUUUCGCUUGCAACAGACCUGGAUAUAUACUUAUCAACCCAAGGCCAAUCACUUGUGUGAGGGAACCGGAGUGCAAAGUGGUGCGCCCUCUAGGUAUUGCAUCCGGAAAGAUUCCAGACUCGUCAAUCAACGCGACCAGUGAACGACCAAACUACGAAGCCAGAAACGUAAGGCUUAACUCAGUAACUGGUUGGUGUGGCAAACAGGAGGCUUUCACAUACGUCAGCGUCGAUCUAGGAAAAGUCUACAGAGUAAAAGCUAUUUUGGUGAAAGGUGUUGUGACCAACGAUAUUGUAGGUCGCCCAACCGAGAUCCGCUUCUUCUACAAGCAAGCCGACAGCGAGAACUACGUCGUCUACUUCCCCAACUUCAACCUGACGAUGCGCGAUCCAGGCAAUUACGGCGAGCUCGCCAUGAUUUCGCUACCGAAGUACGUGCAAGCGAGAUUCGUCAUCUUAGGCAUUGUCAGCUAUAUGGACAACGCUUGCUUGAAGUUUGAGCUGAUGGGAUGCGAUGAGCCCGAGAAAGAGCCACUUCUUGGAUAUGAUUACGGAUAUUCACCAUGUGUUGAUAACGAAACCCCAGUGUUCCAAAACUGCCCUCAGCAACCGAUCAUCGUCCAGAAAGACGCAAACGGAGGUCUUCUACCUGUAAACUUCACAGAACCAACGGCAGUAGACAACUCUGGAAGCAUCGCCAGGCUAGAAGUCAAGCCUGCAAACUUCAAAACUCCCAUGUACGUGUUUGAGGACACUGUCGUCAAAUAUGUGGCUUACGAUUACGACGGAAACGUUGCUAUUUGCGAAAUCAACAUCACCGUUCCCGACAAUACUCCUCCGCAACUCAGUUGCCCCCAGAGCUACGUAAUCGAGCUGGUGGACCGUCAGGACAGUUACGCCAUUAACUUCAAUGAGACCCGUAGGAGACUCAACGUCACUGACGCAUCCGGAGAUGUCCAGGUCACAUUCAUACCUGACAAAGCUACCAUCUCCAUCGGCGCAUUUGAAAACGUUACAGUAGUCGCUACUGAUAAAUAUGGCAACAAGGCCUCGUGUCAUUUUCAGGUAUCCGUUCAAGCAACACCUUGCGUGGACUGGGAAUUAAAACCACCCAGCAACGGAGCUUUAAACUGCUUACCAGGGGAAAAGGGCUUGCAAUGUAUCGGUACUUGUAAUCAGGGCUACAGGUUCACAGACGGAGAACCUGUCAAAACGUUCCAAUGUGAAAACAACUCGCCGUGGAAACCAAGUUCAGUUGUACCUGACUGUGUAUCAGAAAAUACCCAAGAAGCAGACUACCACUUCACUGCUUCCAUUGACUACCGCGCGAACGGAGCAGUAGCUACAGCCUGUCUGAACCAGUAUACCGACCUCAUCUCCCAGUACUACAACAAUCUCAAUAACAUCCUCUCAGAAAGAUGUUCAGCUGUGAACGUCAAAAUGAACGUCUCCAUAAUAAACGCUGUUGCAUCUCUCGUCGAAGAAAACGUCGUAAGGGUUGACUACAUCCUUGACAUCAUGCCUGUGGUCAGACAGCCGCAGUUGUAUGACCUUUGCGGUAGUACCUUGAACUUGAUGUUCGAUUUGUCGGUGCCAUACGCCAAUGCUGUUGUGGAACCACUUUUGAAUGUCUCCGCUAUUGGAAAUCAAUGUCCUCCGCUAAGAGCUUUGAAAUCUGUCAACCAAAGAGGAUUCACUUGUAACGUUGGAGAGGUUUUGAAUAUGGAUACGAACGAUGUGCCGAGAUGCUUACACUGCCCCGCCGGAACAUUCGCCGGUGAGAAACAGAAGGAAUGUACCAACUGUCCUCGUGGCUUCUACCAAAACCGAGAUAGACAGGGUUCUUGCAUGCGAUGUCCCCAGGGUACCUACACGAGGGAAGAAGGAUCCAAGAGCAUCCAUGACUGUGUCCCUGUCUGUGGUUAUGGAACCUAUUCCCCAACUGGUCUCGUACCCUGCUUGGAGUGUCCCAGAAACAGCUACACCACCGAGCCUCCCACUGGAGGAUUCAAAGAUUGCCAGGCGUGUCCUGCAAAUACGUUCACAUACCAACCAGCUGCUCCACAUAAGGAUCACUGUCGGCCGAAAUGUAGUCCUGGACAGUACUCACCGACAGGAUUGGCCCCUUGCUCACUCUGUCCCAAGAACUUCUACCAAUCCCUUCCUGGUCAAACUGCAUGUAACGAAUGCCCUAGCAACAUGAAGACAGAAGGUCCCGGAGCUACCGGAAGAGACGAAUGUCGUCCGGUACAGUGCAAGGAAAACGCGUGUCAACAUGGCGGCCUGUGUGUGCCGAUGGGUCAUGGCAUCCAUUGUUUCUGCCCUGCUGGAUUUUCUGGAAGACGGUGUGAGAUUGAUAUCGACGAGUGUUCUUCGCAGCCUUGCUAUAAUGGUGCUACUUGUAUCGACCUACCACAAGGGUACAAGUGCCAAUGUCCUCCCGGCUACUCUGGAAUCAACUGUCAAGAAGAACGUUCUGACUGUUCUAACGACACGUGUCCAGCUCGUGCUAUGUGCAAGGAUGAACCAGGUUACAAAAACCACACUUGCCUGUGCAGAUCUGGCUAUACUGGGUUGGAUUGUGACGUCACAAUUGAUCCUUGCUCUGCGAACGGCAAUCCCUGCAGCAAUGGUGCAACGUGCCUCGCCCUACAACAAGGCCGAUUUAUGUGCGAGUGCCUGCCAGGCUGGGAAGGGCCAUUAUGUGAAAUCAACACUGACGACUGCGCUGAGAAACCGUGUUUAUUGGGAGCGAAUUGCACAGAUCUAGUUGACGAUUUUAGUUGCGCUUGUCCCCCAGGAUUCACUGGGAAACGGUGCCAGGAAAAGAUCAACUUAUGCGGAAGAAACCCAUGCAAGAACGGCAUCUGCGUCGAUAAGCUUUUCUACCACGAGUGCAUCUGCCACCCUGGCUGGACUGGCGAGUCCUGCGAUACCAACAUCAAUGACUGUCAACCGAACCCCUGCCAUAACGGCGGCCACUGCGUGGACGACGUGGAUGGAUACACGUGCACUUGCGAGCCAGGAUUCACAGGGAAGAGAUGUCAACAUACUAUCGACUUCUGUUCAUCCAAACCGUGCCAGAAUGGCGCUACCUGUACAGACCUUGUUGAUGGAUUCUCGUGUAAAUGCAGACCUGGAUUCGUCGGGUUGCAGUGCGAAGCGGAAAUUGACGAGUGUCUGAGCGACCCAUGCAAUCCUGUUGGAACCGAGAGAUGCGUGGAUUUGGACAACAAAUAUAUGUGCAUGUGCAGGGAGGGUUUCACAGGAACUGCCUGCGAAACCAACAUCGAUGACUGUCGCUCGGACCCAUGUCUAAACGGAGGAUCAUGCAGAGAUGAAGUGGGCUCAUACAAAUGUCUCUGUCUACCUGGAUGGACGGGAGUUAACUGCGAAACUGACAUCGGCAGCUGUCAGAUGAGACCAUGUCAGAACGACGCCAAAUGUAUCAAUUUGUUCCAGGACUACUUCUGUGUAUGUCCCUCUGGCACGGACGGCAAGCAAUGUGAAACCGCCCCAGAACGCUGCAUCGGCAACCCAUGCAUGCACGGUGGACGCUGCCAAGACUUCGGUUCUGGGCUGAAUUGCUCCUGUAGUGACGGUUACAGCGGCAUUGGAUGUCAAUAUGAGUACGACGCGUGUCAGGCAAAUGCUUGCAAGAAUGGCGCCACCUGCACCAACGACUACCAAGGGUUCAAGUGUGUCUGCCCUCCGGGAUUCACCGGAAAGUACUGCGAUGAAGAUAUCAUGGAUUGUAAAGAGAACUCGUGCCCGCCUAGUGCUACGUGCAUCGAUCUAACUAACAAGUUUUACUGUCAGUGUCCAUUUAAUUUAACUGGAGAAGACUGUAGGAAGACAAUAUCCGUUGACUACGACUUAUACUUCAGUGACACGACACGAAGUUCUGCCUCUCAAGUGAUACCUUUCUACACGGGAUCAAAAUCCAGUCUAACAAUCGCCAUGUGGGUACAGUUCACACAGAAAGACGAAAACGGCAUAUUCUUCACGCUAUACAGCGUUUCGUCUAAACAUGUCGCUGUCGACCGAAGACCAAUGAUACAAGCGCACUCCAACGGUGUCCAAAUAUCAAUAUUCCCCGAUCUUCAAGAUGUAUACCUCAGCUACAAGGACUACACCACUGUCAAUGAUGCUCAAUGGCAUCACAUCGCUAUAGUCUGGGACGGAGAGAAUGGCGGCGAAUUGAAACUAGUCACUGAAGGUUUGAUUGCCACCAAGGUUGAAGGAUAUGGAAGCGGUAGAAAGUUGCCAGAAUAUGGCUGGGUGACGCUUGGUAAACCGCAAUCCGGAAAUCCAAAGGCAUACACCGAGUCUGGAUUCCAAGGACAUUUGACCAAGGUCCAGAUUUGGGGACGUGCACUGGACAUCACAAACGAAAUACAGAAGCAAGUUAGAGAUUGUAGGACAGAGCCUGUUUUAUAUAGAAGCCUCAUCCUCACUUGGGCUGGUUAUGAAGACACUGUGGGAGGAGUUGAAAGAGUUGUGCCUUCACACUGUGGACAAAGGAAGUGUCCCGCUGGUUAUAAGGGUACCCAAUGCGAGGAACUAGAAGUAGACAAGGUAAAACCUAAAGUCGAAUACUGUCCUGGAGACUUGUGGGUGAUCACAAAGAACGGAUCCGCACUGGUUGUGUGGGAUGAACCUCACUUCAGUGACAAUGUCGGAGUUACGAAGGUUCAAGAGAAGAGUGGACACCGUCCCGGUCAAACGCUCCUGUGGGGAAUAUACCAAAUAGCGUACGUAGCUUCGGAUGAAGCUGGCAACAGUGCUACUUGCACAUUCAAGGUGUCUGUACUAGCCGAGUUCUGCCCCGAGCUUCCCGAUCCCCUUGGUGGAACCCAAACCUGCAAAGAUUGGGGCGCAGGUGGGCAAUUCAAGGUAUGUGAAAUCGCCUGCAAUCCCGGACUGAAAUUCUCCCAAGAAAUUCCUCUAUUCUACACCUGUGGAGCUGAAGGAUUCUGGAAACCAACCAAAGAUCCCAACCUACCUCUGGUAUACCCUGCCUGCUCUCCUGCCAAACCCGCUCAAAGGGUCUUCAGAAUAUCGAUGCUGUUCCCAAGCUCAGUGCUGUGUAAUGAAGCAGGUCAAGGGGUACUAAAACAAAGGGUCCGCAAUGCAGUGAACUCACUGAACAGAGACUGGAACUUCUGUUCAUUCUCCUUGGAGGGAACGAGAGAGUGCAGAGAGCUCAAUAUUGAUGUCAAAUGCGACCAUAAGGCUGGAAGACAAAGGAGGCAAGUCAGCGAAGAGGACGAUGGCGGUACUUAUGUCAUCGAUGCUAGCGUACCUGUCAACAAAAAGCCCCGCCAAGGAAGACAAUCGUCCAGUGGCACCUACGAUGUUGAAAUCGCCUUCCCAGCGAUAAACGAUCCUGUUGUAAACCUAAAUACAAACGAAAGAUCAACUGUGAAGGUUCUAUUAGAGAAGCUUAUCUUGGAAGAGGACCAGUUUGAUGUAAGAGAUGUUCUACCAAACACAGUGCCUGAUCCAUCCUCUCUUGAACUAAAAUCGGACUAUGCCUGCCCCAUUGGACAAGUUGUAGUCGACUCUGAUUGCGUGCCUUGCGCUAUUGGAACAUACUACGACAAAGCGACCAGGACUUGCAUGGCUUGCAAACAAGGUUUCUACCAGAGUGAGUCAGGCCAAACUCAAUGCCGCAAAUGUCCAGAAAUCUCCGGAAGACCUGGUGUGACCAUCGGAGAAGGAUCUCGCAGCGCUGCAGACUGCAAAGAACGUUGUCCUGCCGGAAGGUACUACGACCACGACACCAGCAUGUGCAAAAGCUGCGGUCAUGGAUUCUACCAACCCGAAGAAGGUUCCUUCUCGUGCCAUAUUUGCGGCCUUGGCAAAACCACAAGGACUAAUGAGGCAGUAUCUCAGAAGGAAUGUCGCGACGAGUGUGGAAGUGGAAUGCAGUUAGCUUUGGACGGAAAGUGUGAACCUUGUCCUCGAGGCACUUUCAGGACUCAAGGUAUCCAGGCUGCCUGUCAAUCAUGCCCUCUAGGACGCACUACAACCAAAUCUGGAGCUGUGACGGAGGAAGAGUGCUCUUUGCCUGUCUGCAGUCCCGGAACAUACCUCAACGGCACCUUGAACAGUUGCAUACCUUGCAAGAAAGGCUUCUUCCAACCAGAAUCUCAACAGACCACUUGUAUACCAUGUCCACCGAAUACUAGUACCAAAGGAACAGCAGCGACAAGCAAAGCAGAAUGCACGAAUCCCUGCGAAGUACAGGGCGGCGCUCGCAUGCACUGCGACCCGAACGCAUACUGCCUGCUCAUCCCGGAGACGUCCGAGUUCCGGUGCGAGUGUAAACCCGGCUUUAACGGCACCGGCUCCGAAUGCUUCGACGUGUGCGACGGUUUCUGCGACAACGACGGCGUGUGCGUAAAAGACGCGCGCGGCACACCGUCUUGCAGGUGUAUAGGCAGCUUUACCGGCAGGCACUGCACGGAGAAAUCGGAAUUCGCGUACAUCGCUGGAGGAAUCGCCGCGUCUGUGAUACUGCUUAUCUUCAUCAUAUUGCUGAUAUGGAUGAUUUGUGCCAGAGCAAACCGUCGCAAAGAACCGAAGAAACUCCUGUCUCCCGCCACUGACGCAAACGGCUCCCAGGUGAACUUCUACUACGGCGCGCCAACACCGUACGCGGAAAGCAUCGCGCCCAGUCACCAUUCCACGUACGCCCACUACUACGACGAUGAAGAAGACGGCUGGGAGAUGCCUAACUUCUACAACGAGACGUACAUGAAGGAGAGUUUGCACAAUGGCAAUGGAUUGAAUGGAGGCAAGAUGAACAGUUUGGCGCGGUCCAACGCUAGUAUCUAUGGUACUAAGGACGAUCUGUAUGAUCGGUUAAAGAGGCACGCCUAUCCAGGCAAAAAAGAUAAAAGCGACAGCGACAGCGAAGGCCAAUAAACGAACAAGUCUGGUCAUACACUUACGAUGCUCAAGCGGCACAACGAAUGUCUAGUGACUAUUUUUCAUAUUUUGUUGUUAAUAACCAGUACCAUAAAUUGUUAAAUUAUGUUUAGUUAGUACCUUCUAAGUGAUCAGAGACGAUAACUGUGACUGUUGUAUUAUUUCGUUCGAUAUUCAAUAGUGAAGUCAAGUCGACUAUGUAGAACAGGAAUUGAAGAUAUAUCGAAACUAUGUAACAAAACUGUUACAUACCAAUGUUGUAUAUACUUCUGUUAAAAAGAUUAUUUAUGGACCUUUUUGUAUGCGAUAACUCAACAUUGUUACUACCUUCUGCCCUUAAAAGAUUUAAAAUGAUGGGCGUAUAUAAAAUUAUAAUUCAUCCCGAGUAAGUUUUCAAAAUUACAUUUCACAAAGCCGCUUCAGAUUAUCUGUGAAGUUACAUUUUUGAAAUAUUUAGGAUUUUUGAAAAUCGGUUUAGUUGAAGGUCGAUAUUUUGGUAGCUUUUAAAGGAUAGUUCUGUAUCUGGAACAACAUGAAUGUGUUAUAUCAUAUGUCUUUAAGUUCUGAUAUUCAAUAUAACAUUAUUAUCUAACAUGUUUUGUUAUAUAGGAUGCGCCUUUGUUUGCAAUGGGUAGACAGUUGAAUAGCAUGACAUAUCGACAAUCCAAUUCAAUGAGAUAUAGUUGAAUGUUUUGUAUUUGAUUAAUUCUUCAUUUUCAUGAGUUUAUAAUAUACUAUGAUCAUUAAUUGGAUUUGUUGCUAUUCUCUUUUGUGUAGUCGAUGUAACAAAAAAAUUUUCUGGACUAUCCGAAAUAUAUUCACUCAUCUAAGAAUCUACUUGUUUAAUUAUGCUAGUAGUUGAAACUUAUUUCUAUAUGAAUUUAAAACAAGCAUAAUAAUAUCCGUAAAAUGGAAAGCGACUAUUGAAACGAUUUUGACAGAUUACAAAUGUUCUCUUCAACUGUUUACCCCUGAAUAUUUUGUAUAUACCUCUGUAUUCGUACUUGAAUCUUCCGUGGAGAUUAACCCUUAAUUUAUGCAAUGAAAAUAAUUAACUCGUUUCCUUUUCGAUUAAGUUGAAACUUCUACUGCCAUUAUUAUAGAAAAGGGGUUUGUUUACAGCUCGAGGAGAACUGCAUUAUUUGGUAAUGUUCGACUCAAGUUUUGGAUGUCAAGAUUGCGACUCUCUAUGGGAAAAUGUCAUAUCCUACAGCAGUCAGGUAUCACAUAAGAUUAAUUCGAAUAUUUAAUAAAACAACCUUAUCAAUUAAAAAACCUAGUGGUACGGUUCAGAAAAUUCGUACCACUUUUGUUCCAUAAAAUAAAGGUACUUUAUGAUGUUCGGUAAGUAAACCCCUUUUUUAUACCUCACUUUUACUGUGUACACAAAAUAUUUAUAAUUCGUUGAUAAGGAUAGCAAGCGUACUUUUUUAAAUAUAUAGUAUUUUUGUAAUAUUUUGAUAUACAUAUUCUAAGAGUGGUUGAUCAAAUGAGAGCAAGUUGUAUGGAAUGUGGUUAUAUUUUUUUACAUUAAGAAUGACUGAAAAUAAAGUAUAAGAUGUAACACGAGUAUUAUUUCUCAACAGCG